GUUUGUAGGGAUAAAGUCGUGUGAUCGAUAAUUUUGAAAGUGGCCUCAUAUUGGGUAAUGACUGGCUCAGAUAAGAAGAGAAAGAAAGUAUUUAACGAUGUGGUUAAAAUGAAGAAAUCCAAGAAGAUAAAGGAUGCCGGUGGUCACAGUGAAGUAGUAGUACCAGAAGUGCUUAAAACAGAUAAAAAGAAAAAGAAGGCUAGUAAGAAGGAAGAGAAGGCAGCACCUCAGCCUACGUCUACCAAGAGUGGUAGCAAGAAGGUCACUAAACCAAAGGAGGAAAUCUCUAGCAGGAUUUCAGAAGUGGGAGAAAUUGACAUCUCAAAGAUGGUGGCUCCUCCCUUUAAGGCUGUUCCUACUAAGGCCGUGAAAGAGCAAGCAGUUAAAGGCAAGAAAUUUAAGAAGCCAAAGAAAAGUGCCAAAGAAGUUAAUUGUAGUACAGCCUUUAAAGAAGGCUAGCAAGAAACAAGCAACCAAAGCAAAUGAUGAUACCUCGAGCAGUAGCUCUGAUUAUAAAGACAUGGAGAUUGUUAAGAUUGGAAAGAAAGCACCACCAGCAAAGAAGAAGGAUGACAGCAGUUGUGGCAGUGAUGAAACUGAUAGUGUAGAUACAACUCCUCCUGAACUACAUGUAGUUGCUAAACCUACUAAUCAUGCUAAAGACAGUGAUUCAUCUGAUGCCUCUUCUGAUGAUGAAAGUGAAGAGACAAAGGAACCAGCUAAAGCCAGGAUUAAAAGGAAAAAAGAGGAAUCAGAGAGUGACAGUGAUGAUGGCAGUGGUGAUGAGAGUGAAACUCAUAAUGUGCCACAGGCCAAGAAAAUGAAAAAAGAGCAUUCAGCAAUUGUUGGUAAUCUUUCACUUGGCUGUGAUGAAAACUCCUUGUAUUCAUUUAAUGAUGAUUCAGGAUUUGAAUCUAGUGCUUUUGGAACCAUAACACGUCAUGGUCAAUCCAAAGGGUUUGGACAUGCUGAAUUCUCAAACAAGUUAGUGCCUCUAAAUGUAAUCAAGACACUGUCAAAGACUGGCCUUUGGGGAAGAAAUUUGAUACUGGAUCUGGCAAGCUGUUUUAAUAGCAGCAGUACUACACCACGAGGUGGAUUUGGUGGUAUAGGAGGCCAUGGCAUGUCUGAAGCUAUUAAACCAGAGCUACUGAGCAACCUCCGGGCCAUUAAUGAAAAGAUACGGUCUCUCGAUGAACGAAUUGAGGUUGUCAAUCACAAGAUAAACGGUUGUCAGGAUCAGAGAAAAAAUUGGAAGUCACUGUAUACUGAAACAAAUAUGCCCGACACAGCAUCAUUGGCACUUCGUAUUGUUUGGGAACUUGAUAAUCAAAUUGGAGCUUUAUUAAAGAGUCAUGAAUCUUUGAUGAUGAAAUUGGAAUUGGAAAAGAGUGCUCUUCAAUCAUUGCAAAAGGGGUUUGUUUUCAGAGUCUCUAGUGAUAACAACAAGAAAAAGAUGACAUUCUGUUUGAUAGACAUCUACAAUCCAGUUUAUCGUGAAGUAUACCUUGAUGCUUCCAUUUCUGACUUUCCAUUCAGAAUUCCUCUGGAUGCAUUACCAGACAUACUAAAACCGUGUUCUCAAAUAGAACAUAAGAAAGACCGUAAUGUAGGUGGAAAAUAUGUUGGAUUUAACGGGAAGUACAUCUAUGCCUUUGAUACACCUCUUUGUGCCAGUAGUGCAACAUUAGAUCAUUUUAUUGAUGUUGUGAAUUGCCAUGAUGAUCUUACAGUAGCCCUGACUACAGUAGAUAUUCCAACACCUUUCAUUCCAGUGAAACAAGUAUUUCCAGGAUCUGUGAUAGAAACUGCAGCUGAAGUUAUUGAUCAAGCACUGGAGAACAUUGAUACUAUCAAUUGUAUUGAAUCCAUUCAUGCCACUGUGAAACAAGCUUUUGAUGACGUUUGGAGCAAACCUUUAAAAUCAGUUACAAUCAAUAACAACCAGCAAUUAGUGAAUUGGUUAAAACCUCUGCUUUGUAAUGACAGUUUUAUCUUGUCUGAGAAACGAAUCGUUUCGCAACAUUUUACGUAUUAUCAAAACUCAAAAACGGGACGUUGCAUAUUGAUGAAAAACUCACCAAAUGGAGUAGUAAUACAAAGUGUACAGGAGAUGGAUGAGGAUGAGGAGCAACAAGUGGAAUCGUCAGAGGACCGUACUCUCUCACAAUUGUUAGCCGGCAUGAUGGCUACUGCUGGGGAGGUGGCUGGAAGAUGCAUUCAAUAUGGUACCUAUUUCAAAGAAGUAACUGUAUAUGGAGUUUUCUGUUCUUUUGAAUCAAAUGAAGCUUCAUUAUGUAAACUGAUUUUGAACUUUGAACUUGGAGAGUCAAAAAUAAUAAAGUAUGUGGAUGAAAAUGAUCAACCACAAUUCAGUAGUAUUGAUAGAAUGAUUUUAUAUGCUGUGAAUCUGUCAUUUAAUCAUUGAUUAUUGUAACAACUAGACUAGUUCUCAUAUAAUUUUUUUGCUGUGAUUAUUAUUUCUGGUCAAGUUGAUCAAUACACAUAUGCAAUGUUCAAGUGCAAUUGACUAAUAAAAGAAUACAUUUCAGAGAAA